AUGCAUCUCUAUACCUUCCUCACCGUCAUCACCCCAGCCAUCAUCAGCGUGCAAGCCGACUGCUAUAAAUCUGGCGAUGUCUGGGAGCCCAACUACGGCCAAGCCUUUGUCGCUCUAGAAACGUUGUGUGACACAAUGUCAGGACAGUUCGCGAAGGCUGAAACGAGAUACGCAUGCGUAAAUGCAGUAUACGAGAAUCCUCUACGGAAGAUGGAAUUCUGGGUGCAUAAUAUCGAUCAUGCACAUUCUCGGAAUGUGAAGAAGGAGGACUGUAUACUGCAUCUUGGCUAUGAGAUCAGCGGUUGCAAGCGUGGUGGCGUUACGGGGUUGGAUUGGUUCUCCUUUAGGGCGGAUCCCAAUCCCGGACGCUGUGGAUCGUGA